GUGCGCGGUCCUGACUAUGUCGCGGCUCCAGAUUAGCGACUUCAACACGAUCCGCGCGGCCGUUCUUGCCGAAUCGCCUAAUGCCAAGUUCGACGUCGAGCUGAAUCUGAAUCCCGGCAAGAGUGGGAGCCAAAAGGCCUACCCUGACGCGGACGCCUUGGUUGCACAGAUGACGCAAAUCGACAAUAUUCUCCACCCAAACGGAUGGUGGUUCGACUACUACUCGGCUGCCCAUCGGAAGCGACCAGACUUGAUCGCGGCGAUCAAUGAAUACGCAGCAAACAAGGGGCAGACGGUCGGCGGUAACAUUGGCGGGGGAGCCGAGGGCGAGAGCUGGAUUGUGCCGACUGGAGCCAACGUAGUCGCGUUCGUCGACGGCCCGGACGACUCGACAGGCUUCGGAUACGGGAUCGACAUGGCCAAGUUGAGCGCUACGAAGGCAUAUAUCUCGGAUACAGGGACGGGCACGGUUCUGCUGGGGCAUAUACAUUGCAAUCCGCAGGACGGGCUCUCGUCAGAGCCGUGCGUGUUCAUGCGAGAGUGGAACGCAACCCGUCGCGCCGCUUUCGUCGAAUACUGGAUAUCACAACAGAGCGUGCUGGGGUACACGGCCAUGUGGCCAGUGUUCUUCCCCCUGUGUCCCGGAACAGUGGCGUAUGAUGCGACCAGUGAUUUCUUGGCGCCUGGUUCUCUUUCGGCUGGCGUGCCAGCUGCGAAUGGCACCGUUUAUGACUAUAUGCGUGGUCUGGCACUCGGCGGAGAAGCAGGGCCAGCGGUGACGGUCGUGGCAACAUCAAGGUCUGCAACGGUCUCAGCUCCAGAGGCAUCAACAGGGUCUUCUGCAACAUCUUCUACACAACCAACGUCGAGCGCAUCGCCACUAGAGACACAAUCGCUGACAGAAUCUUCCAGUACACAACACACCCUCUCGCCAAUCGAUUCAACGACAGGCCCGACAUCGGAAACAACAACCCCAUCCUCAUCCAGAAUGACAUCGCAACAAACAGCAAUUUCGACGAGCCAUGAACCGUCACAGUCAUCCACCGCACCCAACACGGAGGGAGCUACACAACCAGCGACGCCAUCGCAGACAGAAGCCUCAACACCAUCGGAGACAGAAGACUCAUCUCAGACCGAAGUAUCAUCAGCAUCUCAAACAGGAGCCUCAUCAUCAUCGCAGACUGCGACUGGGAGCAAUGCAGACCGGAACACGUACGAGCGGUCUCUUAUGGCAUUUGUCCCAUUUUACGUGGCUGCCAUAGUUAUGGGACAGAUUCGUGUAUAGUGUUUAGAGCGUGUUAGUCACUAGCCUCAAGCCUUUGGAAAUACCAACAGCGACAUGCGCCAUGUGCA